AUGGCUGGCUCGAAUAACGUUAGAACUCAGCUAGUUGACAGGUCUGAAUAUGAUAGGAGAAGUGAAGUCCAAGCCUUUGAUGAUUCGAAGGUUGGUGUAAAGGGACUUCUGGAUGCAGGUAUCACCAAGUUACCGCGUAUGUUCUUGCUCAACCAGCCUGUGAUUGAAAAGAAAUCAGACUCUGAUGCAGUUACUAAGCUGAUCAUUCCAGUCAUAGAUUUUGAAGGUUUGGGAAAAAGUGCAGCUCAACGAGCUGAUAUAGUUCGAGAAAUAAAGGAUGCUAGUGAAAACUGGGGAUUUUUCCAGAUUGUCAAUCAUGAAAUCCCAUCAAGUGUUAUGGAGAAAGUACUAGAAGGCGUUCGUCAUUUUCAUGAGCAAGAUCCUGAGGUGAAGAAACAAUUCUGA